AUGGCCUCAAUCGACAAGCUCAGCGCCUUGCCCGACGAAAUCAUCUCUCACAUCCUCUCUUUUCUCCCCUUCAAAGCCACCGUCUCCACCAGCACCCUCGCCGUGAGAUGGAGGCGUCUAUGGGCCUAUGCCCCUAACAUACAACUCACCGGAGAUUCAAUUUACGAACGCACGAAUUUUGUACGCACGCUGAAAAAUGUUCUGUUCCAAUGUGAAGCACACUUGGCGAACACACUCAGCCUCCCCAUGGGCUACUUCAACGAGCAUGAAAUAGAGUCGUGUCUCGAGAGCGCCUUUGUGUGCGACGUGAAAAUUCUCGAUCUUAUUUUGCCUUAUAGGCUCAAUAUUAUGCCCCUUUGCGUCUUCACAUCUAAGACCCUAGUUGACCUGAGGAUAGAAUGUUUGCAUGUUGAGAUGAAGAAGGGCGAUGUCCUGAUUUCUGGCUGUCCCGUGCUUGAAGAUCUGACUCUUAGUUACUGUCUGCUUGGUGACGGAGAAAAUGUGCAUUGCGUAUCUUCUCCCAUUAUGAAGAGGUUGGUUCUCCAUUGUGACAUACCUCGCGCUUUAAGCUAUCCUUCCAGGUUGAAGAUUGAUACUCCCGCGCUUGAAUAUCUUGUGUUACGUUAUAUUGAGCCAAAUAAUAUCUCGAUUGGCAUCGGGUCCUCCACUCCCUACAGACGCAUUCUUUAUCCUGACGACAUUCCUAUCCGCCUCCGCACCCUUAUACGGAUGGACCAGAUGGGAUACCCUUCAUUCAGAUGGGAUACCCUUCAUUCAGAUAUGAAAUUGUGUGUAAAAGUUGAUUCGAGCCUCAUGCAUUGCGAAAUAGAGAUGGGUAGGGCCGCCGUUGCGAAGUUGAUUCCACUAUGA